AUGGCUUGUUGUUCAUCUGAUUGCUUUGUCUACUUCGUCCUCUCCGUUGCUCUAGCUUUCAUGGCCGUCUCCACCACUCUACGUUCACCUCCAGAUUCCGACAUCACAACACCAAGCAGACCCAUUACUCAUCAUCUCUCCUUAAACGCCUCAAACGCUCUAAGUAGAUCCAACUUCAAAGCGAUCGCAACUCUCCUUCACAUCUCCCCCGAGAUCUUCCUCUCUUCUUCUCCCAACACAACCCUCUUUGCCAUCGACGACGCUGCCUUGUACAACACGUCAUCGCUUCCUCCUCUGUUUCUCAAACAGAUUCUUCAGUAUCACACAAUCCCUCUAAGGCUUCCGAUGAAGGACCUUCUCGAGAAGCCUCAAGGAACCUGUCUCCCCACGCUUCUCCGUCACAAGAGCGUCGAAAUCUCCACCGUCGAUGAAGAAUCAAGAACAGCAGAAGUGAAUCAUGUCCUGAUUUCACAUCCCGACAUGUUUCUUGGAGAUUCUUUGGUUAUUCACGGAGUUCUUGGACCUUUCUCUCCUCUGCAACCUCACUACAUCCUCCAAUCAUCGCUAUGUCAAUCUGAUACAAACAAAACCAGCGAAGAAGAAGAAGUUCCGGUUAAGAUAGAUUGGAUUCGGAUCGUUCAGCUGCUAAGUUCAAAUGGGUUUGUGCCAUAUGCAAUUGGAUUGCACUCUGUUCUCAAUAGGAUCGUCGCAGAGCAACACAAGAACUUGACCGGCGUAACGAUUCUAGCCACACCGAAUCUGGUCUCACUGUCAUCUGCUUCUCCGUUGCUCUAUGAAACUGUGAGACGUCACAUUCUUGCUCAGAGGCUUACCUACGAAGAUUUAGCUUCAAUGCCUGAUAAAGCCUCAGUCAAGACACUGGAUCCGUACCAAGAUCUCACAAUCACGAGGAGAAGAGAUGCUGUUGCUGCUAAUUCGUCUGGAGAUUUCAUGAUAUCUGGAGUUGAGAUUGUAGCUCCAGAUAUGUUCUCUUCUUCCAACUUUGUAAUUCAUGGGAUUUCACACACUCUAGAGAUCCCUCGGCCAUAA